AUGUCGAAGUUUCCUUCCUUCACCAAAACAUGGCAUCACUCGCCGUACGCAGCGAUUGACCCUCUUGACCCUUCUCUAUCCGCUCACGGAAAGACUGUUUUCAUUACCGGUGGCGCAACUGGAAUUGGCAAGGCAACAGCCGUCGCCUUUGCCCAGGCCGGGGCACGGGCUAUUGUCAUCACAGGUCGGACACAAUUCACGCUUGACGGUGCGAAGACCGAGAUUGAGGAAGCAGCCAAGACUAGAAGUAACCCGGGUUUCCAAUGUUUUGUCUUUCGAGCCGACGUGGCAUCGACAAAUGCUAUGGAGGACGCCUUCGAUCAGACUGUCCAGAGGUUAGGCGGAAUCGAUGUUCUUGUUUCCAACGCCGGGUACCUGGAUAAGCACUCAGUUAUUGCCGAAUCAGAUCUUGAUGAUUAUUGGCAAUGCUUUGAGACGAAUGUCAAAGGCGCCCUCGUUGUUAUUAAGGCAUUCUUGAAAACACGUUCACCAGCUCAAUCUCCGCCGGUGUGUGCGCACAAUCGCAGUGUUUCCAGGCCCGUCAUUAUCAACAUCUCCACCGGCGCAGCUCACUUGCCACCCCCCAUGUUAACUACAUUCUCUGCGUAUGCCGCAUCGAAACUCGCGGCUCUCCACAUCUUCUGCUACCUCCAAGCCGAAAACCCCGAUGAUCUCAUAAUAUUCAACCUCCAACCGGGUGAAAUUCCUACCGCCAUGGCGAGAAAGGGACAGCGAGACAUGGCAAAAGAUGAUGUACGGUUGCCUGCAUCCUGGUGCGUCUGGGCGGCCGCCAAAGCAGAGACCGACGCGAAUUUUCUCAAAGGGAGGCUCGUCUGGGGCAAUUGGGACGUUGAUGAGCUGUGUGCAAGGAAGGAUGAGGUGGAGAAGGGAGAUCUUCUAAAGGUCGAGUUGAAGGGCUGGGGUGGGGAGUUUGUGGAAAGAUAUGUUGAGUGA